AACGUAAACGUAAACGAAGGAAAACCAAAACAAACGAGGGAGCUCUCAAGAAUUUCCUAAUUUCCGAGGGUUUAGCCCCUCCGGCCGCUGUUUUGGCUCACGAUGGCCGCCAACGAGGAUAAUUCGUGGAGGACGCCAGCCUUCCGCCAAAGCGUCGUCGCCAAAAUAGAUGAAGCAAUCCGGGUCUCAGGAAUGCCGACCACCAGGAACAGCAUCGAAAUGGAGUCGCACGUCUUCCAGAAGGCCAAAAACAAGGAGGAAUAUUUGGGCUAUGUGGCUCGACUUAUUCUGCACGUCAGGGAAAUGAACUCGAAAAAAGGGACUCACGCUACAGCUGGUGGUGCAGGUGCUUCCAUCCAGGGUGUGGGGCAAGGUAUUCCAGACCCGAUAAACGCCCUGCAGACGCUCGCUCGGCAGGGGGCGAAUCCGCUGAUGGUCACCGGGAUGCCCGGGGCCGGGGGCCAGAUGCAGCAGAUGCCGCCCGGACAGCAAAUGGCGGGCCAGGUGGCGCAGCAGGCCCAGCAGCAGAUGCCGCCGGGCAUGAUGGUCGGCCAGAUGAUGGGCCAGCAGCCUCAGCAGGGCAUGAUGCCCGGACAGCCCCAGCCCAACCCCCAGCAGGGACAAAUGAGCCCCGCUAUGGUGCAGCAGUUUGGUCCUCGUCCCGGAGUGCAGCCGAUGCAAGGGAUGCCGAACCGGAUGCCGCCCAACAUGGGCAUCCCCAUGGGCCAGAUGAGCGGUUAUCAAGUGCAGUCUCCCCAACAGAUGCCGAAUCAGCUGGCCCAAUUGCAGCUGCAGCAGCAACAGUUGCAACAACAGCAACAACAACAGGCCGCCCAACGAAAGCAAGCGGAGAUGGCGAUGGCCGCAAACGCCGGAAACCAGCCGCCGUUUGGUCCGAGGGCCGGCACGCCGAACCAGGCCUUCCUCGGCCAGAGCCCCAAUCCUACAGUCAAUCCAGGCUCUGUCCCCUCCCCAGCAGGGGGCAUGGGACCUGGUCUGCAGCCAGGCACGUUGGCGGGGUCACCGGCCAUGGUUGCAUCCCCGAGUCCACAAAUGGGCACUCCCCUGGGCGGCCCGCCAGGAAGCGUUGGACCUCCAAGGUCCAUGGCAAUGGUUGCGUCGCCUUCCAGCUCUUUGAACACGCCGGCGAUGGCGAAUUCGAGUCCGUGCGCCACGCAGGAGGACCACGUUUACAGGGAAAAGGUGCGUCAGCUGAGCAAGUACAUCGAGCCGUUGCGCAAAAUGGUGGCGCGCAUCGACGAAGAGGACGCCGAGCGCCACAAGAAGAUGAAAAAUCUGCUCGAGUUGCUGACAAACCCGACCAAGCGCAUGCCCAUCGACACGCUGAUCAAGUGCGAAAAGGUCUUGGAAAAACUCGAUUUUAAAAGGGGUGAAGUCGUGUCCGUUCCUCCGGCGCCUCAGUUGAACGUGUACAAGGAGCACGACAUGUUCAGUCCUUUGAUGGACGUCAUUUCCGCCAAUGUUUGCAACCCUCUCUUCAACCACACUCUGCAACGCACUUUUGGACCCGUCGUCGACGCUCUUGUCAAAAAUGACCUUGCUCGUCUGCUGCCUGUGACGCGAAAGCGAAAAAUUGCCGACCCUCCGGACGAGACUCCUGAAGCCCUGCAAGGAGAAAUCGCCCGGCUGGACCAAAGAUUCAAGGUGAGUCUGAAUCCGAACCAGCACCCAGGGUCGCUGGCCAUUCACCUGACUUGCUGGCUGGACGACAAGCACCUUCCGAUCGUACCUCCCAUCAACCUGACCGUCCCUGAGGACUACCCUUCCAGCAAUCCAAAGUGUGACCUGGCUGCUGACGAAUACGCAUCGACGCCGUUCCUGAGUGCCGUUCAGAAGGCUCUGGCAGCGCGGAUCCACAUGCUGCCGAGCUCGUACUCGGUGUCGCAGCUGCUGGACACUUGGGAGAUGUCCGUGCGACAGGCCUCCUCGCCCGCACACACUGCCGAAAUGUCUCAAGUCAGCGUCUCCCUCGGCCUUUAAAAAACCUUAGAUCUAUGACUGUGAAAAUUGUUGGUUAAAAAGCGUGUUUCUUUGGAAAAUAAGUCAUUUAAUAAUCAUAACAUCAACGCUGA